UUAUUUCUGCCUGUGAAGUUGAAAUUCAUGACAAGUCAACUAACUAAUGAACAAACUAACUUUUCCAGUGUUUGGUAGUUGAGGAGGAGACCAGGGAGCAGAGUAAAAGUAGGGUAUGGUUUGAUCAGAGGGCAGGAAGAGUCACAGCGUCGGUAUUCUGCGAGGCAGCCAAAGCAAACAAACCCGUAUCCUUGAUCAAAAGGAUUUGCUAUCCGCUCUCUUCUCAGUUUUCCACUGAGGCAACAAGAUGGGGUCAAGUGAAUGAGGGAAGAGCAAGGGCAAACUAUGUCGCUAUGACGCAAGAUCACCACGAAGACUUCCAGGUUCAUGCAUCAGGGUUCAUCAUCCACCCAGACCUCCCCUGGAUUGGAGCAUCACCUGACGGCAUGGUAACAUGCACUUGCCAUGGUGAUGGCGUGCUGGAGAUAAAAUGCCCAUUCAACAGCAGGGACUGCUCACUCGCUGAAAGCUGCAAACACCCAUCAUUCUGUUUAGGCCUCAGAGAGGAUGGGACAAUGUCACUUAAGACAGACCACAAGUUCAUGUAUCAAGUGCAAGUUCAAAUGCAUGUGGCCACUGUGAGUUACUGCGAUUUCAUGGUAUGGACACCGCAGGAGUUUUUCAUCCAGCGGAUCCAGUAUGAUCCUGUUUUCUUCCCUAACGCCUACCUCAAAGUGGCUGAGUUCAUCAAAACCGGAGUACUACCAGAGCUGCUGGGGAAAUGGUAUACAGCACCACGGCAUUCUCAUACAGACAGGGCAACCACAGAACAGCCACCUGAAAUGGGAUGCUACUGCGGUAAACCUUGUGACACAGAUGACAUCACCUGCACAUCUGGACAGUGUAGGCGGAAGCACUUUCACAGGUCUUGCCUUAAAUUGAGCAGGGUACUGAAGACAUGGAAAUGUGUGGAGUGCAGAAAAAAAGUGUAG